AAGAUAGAUAGAUAUUCCAAGCGUUAUUCGCAGUAAAUAUUGCACUCGUUUUUUUUCCUUCCUUCUUCUUUUCUGUGGAAAAAGAAAAUUUGCUUGUUUUUGUUAUCCUUUCAUCAUACAGCACUGCGUACAGAUGAGCUGUAAUCGAUAUUCUCGCCGCCAUAUUUAUGAUAUUCAUGCAUUAUUUUACAGGACGGAAGAACUGCUGAACUUCUUCUCAGGGCAGAUGUGGCCCGCUUGUCGGAACCCCAGAUUCGCGAGAUCAUGUUGCUGACCCAAGCGGUGCAGACUCUGCCCAUCACUUUUGGUUGCAGUGGAUUCCUCACCUUCUCCUGGCAUCUGUUGAUACAAGUAGAAGAAGAAGAAGAAGCAGCAGUAGCUGGAUAGAAGAGAAUACGCAUUAUUGCUCAUUGGUGUUUGUUAGUGCAGGGGAAAUAAAUGGCAUGGACGACGACAAGUGGCGUUUGCAGCCGGCGGCUUGUGCUGGCGACUCUCGGACUGUGCUGGCGACGGGGGUCCCUUUUCCUUGACCCCCGCCUGUUGCUGCUGCAGAUGCGCUGGAGGUCAGGGAUGCUGGGCCGGUGGUUGGUGGUGGUGCUGGCGUCCUUGCUGCUCGCAGGCUGCCUCCUCAAGAAUGUGCACGACGGCAUGGCCCUGUUGGAUGGGUCAGAUGAUUUGUCGUUAAAACAGCAGCCCCUACAAGAAAAACAACAGGUCGAGUUUAAUUGGCUCCGACUGCCACAGCACGUGCCCGUCGACCUGACAAUGAUGAAUCACAUCACGGAUGAUGACGACGGCUAUAAGCACGAGACUGCAUCAUCAUCAACAUCAUGGCGUCAUCACGUCAUCAGCCGCAAGAAGAAGAAGAAGAGGAAGAAGAAGGAGGAGGAGGAGGAGAAUGAUAAUGAUGGCAACAUCCAUGACUUAUUGGAAGAUGAGUCGGCUCAUCCGCAGGGGAUGCUGUGCGAUUCCAGACGGGCUGUGUCGAUCGGCGCCGUGGCCACCACAGACAUUGUGGCUGCCAACGUGUUCCGGUCCUUCAACUUUACCGAGGACCGAAGGGGACCCGCCAGUAUCUGGUUCUACAAGGACCCGUUCUUUGAGAGGCGGUUCCAGGAGACACAGCGAGAGAUUGUUGUAGACCGACCAACCUUGAAGGUGAUCAUCAUGAUGUGGUCCCACUUGGACCCCGGGUGGCUGAGGACAUAUGACGACUACCAAAAUGACGUCAACAAGAUCUACUCUGGCUUUGUCAAGCGGGUAGAAACGUAUUCGAACAUAUCAUUCACAACUGCGGAAGUGUCCUUUUUCAGCCGCUUCUUUGAGAGGUGUUCGGAGGAACAAAAGGAGUACGUGCGGAAGUUGGUGCGGGACGGGAGGCUGGAAAUUGCAGCCGGCGGCUGGGUCAUGGCAGACGAGGCAGCUGUGUCCCUGUACGGCAUGGUGGACCAGUUUGUGCAGGGCCACUCUUGGCUGGACGAACACUUGGACGUGGCGCCCAAGUCCGGCUGGUCCAUCGACCCGUUCGGCCAUGGCUCGGCUGUGCCUUACCUUCUUUCGGCCGCGGGCCUCAAGCAAACAGUCAUCCAGAGGAUCCACUAUCAAUGGAAGGAUUACUUUGCGAGGAACCAGGGAUAUAAAUGGGUUCCUGGUCAGCCCUCAGUUGAUCAAAUCAUGGUUGUGCACCUGCCAGCCGGCAAACGCCAGUUGUUCCAACCGCCAGCCAGGGCAGUCCUUGGCCUUGCCAAUCCCCAGCCCACCAAACCAUGGUCCGGUCACCCAUAUCUUGGGUGGCACCCAAACAAUACCCUCUGA